AUGCCUUCGAACACCAUCGGCCAUCGGGGCCCCGGGCCCCAGAUCAUUGCGGCGGGCAGUGGGGACCAGUUCACUCAGAGCGGCAGCGGUAGCAAACAGUUCAACAAUAGCACAUUUUAUGGGUACCCACAGAUUGAAGCGGCGAACGAGCUUCAUGAGGAGAAGGAAGCCUGUCUCUCCUCUCUAGCUUUUCCCGCAAUCGAUGCUCGGCGUCACGACAUUGCCCCAGCGUAUGAUGGAACUUGCGACUGGUUCUUCGCGACACCAGAGUUCCACGAAUGGCAACACCCGACCCGUCUUGCCGACCAUAACGAGGUGCUGUGGCUCAAAGGAAAGCCAGGCGCCGGAAAAUCGACAUUAAUGAAACAUAUAUGGAUUCAAUGCAAAGAGAAAUUCUUCCGCGACCAUAUCAUUGCUGCCUAUUUCUUUCACGCCCGAGGGGAAGAGCUCGAGAGAACGCCUUUGGGUAUGCUGCGAUCGAUUUUGUACCAGCUACUCAAAAACAACGAAUCACUGUACCAAGAUUUCGUGCCUCGUUUUCGCGAGAAAGAGAGAACAAGUCGAGGACGUGAUUUGCAGUGGCGCGAGGCUGAACUGAAAGAGUUCCUCCGUUCAGUCUUGAAUGAAUUUCGAUCGCCACCUCUACUUCUCCUUAUCGACGCCUUGGAUGAGUGUAAUGGAUCUGAUGUUCAUGCCGUCAUCGAAUUCGUGGAGUCUUUAAGCAUCAGUGCUUCCCAAUCCAAGGUUCCAUUCAAGAUAUGUCUUUCAAGUCGCCACUUCCCCAACAUCAACAUGGGCAAGAUGCUCAAAUUCACAGUAGAAGGAAGCGAAGACCAUCUGAAGGAUAUCUCAAAGUAUCUCGCGGGGAGGCUGAGGAUACAUGAAGCUGAUCUAGAAGAAGAGAUCAUCAUGAAAGCCGACGGAAUCUUCCUAUGGGUCGUUAUCGUGGUAUCCCUACUAAAUAAGGCAUACGAUGAAGGACGAGUUGAAGCUAUGCGGAGAAUUCUCAAUGAAAUUCCUGACGACCUUGAGAAGAUAUUCUCCACUAUUCUGGCCCAGGAUCCCUCAACCGCGGCUGAGACAGUUGUCAUGCUCCAGUUGGUGCUCCUCAGCGUGAGACCCCUUGAGCCUCGAGAGCUAUUUGCCGCCGUGGUAAAGACAGCACUCCCAUCCAAUGACAUAAUCGAACGGCGGAUUAUCACGACGUCCAGAGGCCUCUUAGAGGUGCGAAAAGGAGGAUCUGGUUCUGUACAAUUCAUCCAUUUAUCAGUCAGCGACUUUCUAUUUCAACAAAGUAGGCUCGAGAAAUUGGACCCGACACUGGGGUCCGAGUCCAUUAUUGCAUGCCACAGUCGGAUAUGGGCUCGGUGUCGAUCCUGCAUGGAGCAAAUAGGUGCCGCCAUAGCCAAACCUGGACAAAUAGCAAUCCUGAGAGCAAAAGAUCCAUUCCUAGUGUAUGUGGCGGGCCACAUCCUAGAUCACGCGGAGAGGGCGUUGGCUAACGGUACAAGUAUCCAAAACAUGAAUCAUUUGGAUAUUAGAUGCAACCAAGCUCAUUCUUCGAGUGAAUUGCCUAUCCGAGAGUGGCUACGGGACUCGGACAGUUGGUUGGGAUGGUGGAAGUUGCUCAUCGCUGCUGCUGGAUCCGACGAAGAGCGAUUAGGGCUUGAAAGCGAAAAAGAAGUAGGACUUGCCUACGUGCUAGCACUUCGUGGGCUACCCAAUCUUUCGAGGGCUGCGCUACCUGAUGUUGACGUGAACUUGGAAGGCGGCUGGUACGGCAAUGCCCUACAAGCCGCAUCUUACGGGGGCCAUAAAGAGACCGUUGAUAUACUUCUUCAGCGGGGCGCCGAUAUCAGCGCCCCAGGUGGUUACUACGGCCAUGCGCUACAAGCUGCCGCACAUGGAGGACACAGAGAGAUCAUUGAUGUACUUCUCAAGCAGGGCGCCGAUGUCAAUGCACAAGGUGGUCACUACGGCAACGCGCUACAGGCCGCCUCAUGGGGAGGACACAAAGAGACCAUUGAUUUGCUCCUUGAAAGAGGCGCCGAUAUCAACGGCCAAUGUGGCUACUAUGGCCAUGCGUUGCAGGCCGCCUCAUUUGAAGGCCAUCAAGAUGUCGUUGAAUUACUCCUACAAAGAGGCGCCGACGUCAAUGCGCAGGGGGGCUACUACGGCUAUGCGUUACAAGCAGCUUCGCAUGAAGGACAUCAAGACAUUAUUGAACUACUCCUACGUAGAGGCGCCGAUAUUAGUGCGCAAGGUGGACACUACGGUCAUGCAUUGCAAGCAGCCUCGUAUGAGGGACACCAAGAUAUUGUUGAACUACUUUUACGAAGAGGUGCUGUUAUCAGUGCACAGGGCGGACAUUACGGUGAUGCGCUGCAAGCCGCUUCAUAUGGAAGAUGUCAAGAUAUCGUUGAAUUGCUUCUUAGACAAGGCGCAGACGUCAACGCACGCGGCGGCUAUUUUGGCACGGCUCUGCAGGCCGCCUCAAACAGAGGACAUCGAGAGAUUGUCAAGCUACUGCUUGAAAAUGAUGCAGACGUCAAUAUACAAGGGGGGAGGUUUGGAAAUGCUCUGCAGGCAGCGGCCGCCAAAGGAUACCGAGUGAUCCUCGAGAUGUUGCUCCAGAAAGGAGCCAACAUUCUUGCUCGUGGUGGCCACUUUGGCAAUGCGCUGCAGGCCGCUUCAUACGGAGGAAGCCCAAAGACCGUUGUCUUUCUCCUAGAUAACGGGGCCAACAUUGCUACCGCCGGUGGCCAUUUUGGCAAUCCUCUACAGGCUGCAUGCCGUGGAGGUCAUUACGAAAUUGUACAGCUACUUGUCGAAAAGGGGGCCGACGUCAAUGCGCAGGGCGGCAAAUAUGGCAAUGCCUUACAAGCUGCAUCAUCUAGAGGGCAUGACGAUAUCGUGAAAUUUCUACUCGAUCAUGGAGCUCAUGUCAAUGCACCGGGCGGCAAGUAUGAAAAUUCUCUCCAAGCUGCAACUUCUGCGGGCCAUGAGGACACUUUGAAACUGCUUCUAGGCCGUGGCGCGAUCGCAAGCUUGCAAUCCGAGGAGAAAUUCGCAACCAUGUUCUCUGAAAGAGAGGCUACAUCUCACUCUCAGUCAAGCUGCACCAACCCACAUUAUGUGGUGGCCUGCGCAAUCAUCACUUCCUUGUUAGCUGUCAUUUUUGCUUUUGUAUACCCAAGCUUGUUUGUAUAG